CCGGGGGCGCAGGGAACCCGGCUGGGGGAGCCGCGGAGCAAAGGGCGCUGCUGCUGCGGGGCAGGGAGAGGCGGCGAUCCGGAGCGCAGCGCCAGGCGCAGGAGGAGGAGGAGGCGCGUUGCCCAGAGCCGGGCUCCCCGAAGCCCCCAAGCCCCGUGCAAGGAGGGGGUCGCAGAGACCGCGGGGGGCUGCAAAGCAGCGCCCCAGCUCCACGGGCGCUUGCCGCGCAGCCCCAGCUCUGGUGCAUCGCGCGGAGCCAGCCCCCUGCCCAGCCUCCCCGCCGGCCGUCCCCGCAGGGCUGGGGGGAGAGAGGAACCUGCGCGCCAGGGCUCAGCGGCGGUCCAGGGAGGCACCAUGCGUUGCCGGCUCCUGCUGCUCGUCUUGCUCUGCUGCAGGGAAGAUGCCAUUGAAAAAAAUUGCGUGACUGCUGCUUCCAUCACAAGUGCCCCAUCUGCUGAUGCCUCCUCCCAGGGCAGCCAACCCCCUGCUGAGACUACAGGUGCCCCGCCACCUACUCAAACCGUGACCUCCACCAAAGCUGACAUCUCACCCUCCACUGGCACUGGCAUCCUGCCUGCUUCUUCAACUUCCACCAACACCCUGUCUGGUGCCAGCACGCUGCCCCCCACCACCUCUGGUACACCAGGCAGCAUCAGCGCCCCAUCCUCCACUGAUGCUGGAACCUCACUUGGCACUGGCACCCCACCCCCUGCCGGUGCCCCAUCUCACACUAAUGCAAGCACUCUGCCCCCAGCUGACACCGGCACCUCGCCUACUAGAGCUAGUGCUGCCUCUGAGGGCAUGGCGGUGGUGGUCAGCACCACCACUGGUUCUGCAGACUCCUUCACCGUCGGUGCACCCACAGCCGCCCCUGUUGACCAUGCCCUCAGCGCCGCAGCCACCCGCAGCUCCGUGGCCACCCCGGAUGCUCCUGCGGCUGUUACCCCAAGCUCUACCAUCGCUGCUGACGUCCCCAGCUCUGCAGACACUGGUCCGGCAGCCGUGUCUCCAUCUCAGAAGCCCCAAACACCAGAAACCACUACAGGAAGCAGCUUAGGUGUUAAUACAGACAAGGAACAUACCACCUGGAAUCAGCCAGUGAAACCUGUGGUAGCUACGGAAAGUGCUACCAAACCUAGGGAAGCCGCAGUUGCAACCACACAGCAGGCUGGUGUUGUAUCACAGCCACCAGCCUCAAGCUCUGGAACUGUGAUCUCCAUUACAGCCAGCACAUCACUGAGCCGCCACACUCCAGCUCCUGGCAGGGAACCCAAGCCAAGUGAUUCUCCACCCCAAAAUAAGAUCCUUUGUGAGGACCAGAACCUGUCCAGCGACUCUGCAAUCAUUCUAACCCUGAAGGAGCCUAUACACUGUGGCAGCCCUGUGGAUCCCUCCCUGCACAACAUGCUCUGCAAAGCCGUGAAGGCCACGUUCAACCGGAGCCGAGACAUCUGCACCAUGCGCCUGGCCGCCGCUGGGAAGCCCUCCAACAAGAUUGCUGUACUCGGUGUUUCUGUGCAAACCAAUGCCGCACCCAAGGAGCUCUUUGAACUGCUGGGGACUAAGAAGGGAGAGCUCCGGCAGCUUGGCAUUGGCAAUGUCACAUACGCUGACAAGCAGAUGGAAGACGAGAAUGAGGACCGGUUCAGCAUGCCCUUGAUCAUCACCAUCGUGUGCAUGGCCUGCUCCCUGCUCCUCGUCGCUGCCAUCUACGGCUGCUGCCACCAGCGGGUCGCCCGUAGGAAGGAUCAGCAACGCCUGACAGAAGAGCUACAGACCAUGGAGAAUGGCUACCAUGACAACCCGACCCUGGAGGUAAUGGAGACCUCCUCAGAGAUGCAGGAGAAGAAGGUGAACCUGAAUGGGGAGCUGGGAGACAGCUGGAUAGUCCCCAUGGACAACCUCACAAAAGAGGAGCUGGAGGGAGAGGAGGACACGCAUUUAUAAGUGACAUGAAACUCUACCAGCAAAACAAAACAAAACAACCCCAAAACGAUCAGAGCCACAAGUGCCGUCGCUUGGAGCAUCCUGUGGAGCAAGGAGACACCCGGGUGCCUGAAUGCCCCCUUGAGGCAGGAGACCAUGACUGGCCUUUGCUCUGGCCCAAACGUUGUUCAAUCAAAACAUAUUCACUGUCCAGACUAGGUUGUAUUUUUGCUUCUGUAGCGGGAGAGUGCCUGUAUUUAAGCCUUGACUAGAGACGACAAAGUUCAGCUUCUGGCCAUUGUAAAAGGAUAAGAGCUUGAAGGCCUCUUGCAGGGCUUCUCAGCCCUUUCCAUAUGGGGACCCCUUCCGUCUAGCUGGGAUCUAGCACUAUGGGAAGGGCAGAGUGA